AUGGCUGCCAUGAGCCUCUUCUCUCUUCUGCUCAAGGUUUCUUACAUUGCCGCCGCCACCCAUUUUUCUUCUCCCGUCUUCUCGUCAGCGCACCUCAGCGGCGAAGUACGCCUCAUCCGAGAUAAACAACUGCCCACGGAGAAGCGUGUUGCUGUCGCUCGCCGGUUCUCAUCGACUUCAGUGGAGCUUGCGCGCAACAUCCCAACUCCGACGAAAGUUGUCCGGCACUGGCGCGCUCACACAAAUAAACAGCUGAGGCCGUGGAGGCGCAAGUGCGCCGCGACAACUGGGCGCUCGUCGGGGCCUCGCGAAGUGGCGGUAUUUAGGGCCCCCCCCCGCCGGGCUUCACCGCCGCGUGGGUGA